CUAGCGGGGGCGGCAGUGAGUUUUGGCGGUGUGUUGCGGCGGUAGUUGCUGUUGGCAGGCUGCGCUCUGUAAUUCCACUGAUUUUGGUGUUUUUUGGGGUGAAAGUGUUGGAUUUGAGGGCUGAGCUGAAGACCAGAACAAAGCUAGCAGAGCUUUAAAUUAAACUCAGGAUGGACAUAGACGUGAAGAAGCUGAAGGUAAAUGAGCUGAAGGAGGAGCUGCAGAAGAGGGGUCUGGACGCUCGGGGGCUGAAGGCAGAUCUGGUGGAGAGGCUGAGGGCUGCUCUGGAGGCUGAAGCUGCUGCAGAGGCUGAGGAGGAGGAGGAAGAGGAAGCAGAUGAGGAUGAAGAAGAGCAGGCUGAAGAGCAGGCUAAAGCAGGUGUUGAAGAUGCAGGUGUUGAAGAUGCAGGUGUUGAAGAUGCAGGUGUUGAAGAUGCAGGUGAUGAAGAUGCAGGUGAUGAAGAUGCAGGUGAUGAAGAUGAUCCUCAGCAGGCAGAGCUGGAGGAAGAGAGCACUCAGACUGAGAAACCCGAGGUUAAAGUGGAGGAUCACGCUGUACCUGACAUCCCUGUAGACGUUAAUAUGACCAAAACAGAGACGACUGAGGAAAGUGAAGCCCAGCCUGAGUCAGAACUGGUCUGUAAAGAAGAAGAAGACGAGCAGCCUGUAGAUGUGAAGAAGGAGGAUGAAGAAAAGCCAGAGGAACAGCAGGAGAAACGCCCACCUGAAACAUCAGAGACGAGUUCAAAGCACAAGUCCCAGCAGGACAGCGGAGGACAUCACGGCCGCAAGAGGAACUACGACCAGAGCCAAGGCCACGGCUACUACGAGCACCGGGAGGACAAGAGGUCCCGCUCUCCUCAGCCCCCCGCCGAUGAGGAGGAGGAAGAUUUUGAUGACACGCUCGUAGCUCUCGACACCUAUAACUGUGACCUGCACUUUAAAGUCUCCCGGAGUCGAUACGGCGGCUAUCCUCUGACUAUCGAAGGUUUUGCGUAUCUGUGGUCCGGAGCGCGAGCCUCGUACGGCGUGAGCAAGGGUCGGGUCUGCUUCGAGAUGAAGAUAACAGAGGAGAUCUCAGUGAAGCAUCUUCCCAGCAGUGAACCUGACCCACAUGUGGUGCGAGUGGGCUGGUCUCUGGACUCCUGCAGCACACAGCUUGGAGAGGAAGCUUUCUCGUACGGUUAUGGUGGAACAGCCAAAAAGUCCUGCAACUGUAAGUUUGAGGAUUACGGGGAGAAAUUUGCUGAAAAUGACAUCAUCGGAUGCUACAUCGACUUUGAGAGCAGUGAGGAGGUGGAAAUCGCGUUCUCUAAGAACGGGAAGUGGUUGGACGUGGCGUACCGGGUGUGUAAGGAGGAACUGGCCGGUCGAGCUCUGUUCCCUCACGUUUUGGUGAAGAACUGCGCUGUGGAGUUUAACUUCGGCCAGAAGGAGGAGCCGUUUUACCCCGUGAGAGAGGGAUACACCUUCAUACACGACGUUAAAAUCCAGGACCGGAACAGAGGCACUGUGGGUCCUGAGAACAAGGCCGACUGCGAGAUCCUGAUGAUGGUCGGUCUGCCGGCAUGUGGAAAAACCACCUGGGCCAACAAACACGCCGAGAAGAACCCGGAGAAGAAGUACAACAUCCUCGGAACCAAUGCCAUCAUGGAGAAAAUGAAGGUGAUGGGUCUGCGUCGUCAGAAGAACUACGCCGGCCGCUGGGACGUCCUGAUCCAGCAGGCCACCCUGUGUCUGAACCGGCUGAUCCAGAUCGCCGCCCGCAAGAAGCGCAACUACAUCCUGGACCAGACAAAUGUAUAUGGAUCAGCCCAGAGACGAAAAAUGCGUCCUUUUGAAGGGUUUCAACGCAAGGCUAUUGUAAUUUGUCCCACGGACGAGGAUUUAAAAGAGCGAGCGUUAAAGCAAACUGAUGUGGAAGGGAAGGAUGUGCCCGAUCAUGCUGUUUUAGAAAUGAAAGCGAACUUCGUGCUGCCGGAGGUCGGCGAGUUCCUGGACGGCGUGACGUUCGUUGAGCUGCAGAAAGACGAAGCUGGGAAGCUGGUGAAGCAGUAUAAUGAAGAGGGGCGUAAGGCUGGACCCCCGCCUGAAAAGCGCUUCGAUAACCGGCAGCCAGGCUUCCGUAGUGGCAGCAGCAGUGGAGGGAGUGGCGGCGGUGGUGGUGGUGGCGGUGGCAGCUACCAGCGUUAUGACAAUCGUGUAGGCCAACGAGGCGGCUAUCAAAACCGUGGCAGCUCAGGAGGAGGAGGAGGAGGAGGAGGAUACAGAGGAGGUUAUAAUCGCGGCGGAUACAAUCAAAACCGCUGGGGUGGGAAUUACAGAGAUAGCGGCUCCAGAGGAGGAGGAUAUAACCGUAACCAGAACUCUGGAGGAGGAUACGGCGGCGGCCGCCAGAGCUCCUACAACAAGGACGGAUACGGACAGAGCUACAACCAGAGCAGCUACAACCAGAGCAGCUACAACCCGAGCUACAACUACGGGAACUACAGCCAGUACCCAGGAUAUGGGCAGGGAUCUGGCGACAGCCACGCCUCAGGACAAUCAUACAACCAGCAGCAGAGCUAUAAUCAGCAGUACCAGCAGUACGCCCAGCAGUGGCAGGAGUACUACCAGAACCAGAGCCAGUGGAACCAGUACUACAGCCAGUAUGGCAACUACUCUGGUCAGCAGGGCUCCCAGUAAAGAGUGUGUGUGUGUGUUUAACUGUAGUCCUACAUCUCAUCCUGCCAUAUGUACACACACACACACACACACACACACACACACGGACGUAGACGUAAGCAUGUAUACUCCAUUAUGCAUUUUUUUUUCUGCAUUUACAUUAUUUUGUAUUCCGUCUUACCAUAGAAAUGUUCUAACCUGCUGAAAAAAACACUGAGUUCUUUUACAUACACUUCAUAAUCUGAUUAUAAUCAGAUCACUAAAGUACUGCACUUAUCAGAUUAUCAGAUUAUUCACAUAUCGGUUACAUAAACAUACUACUUCAAUUUCUCAGAUCGUAGUGAGGCCUAUGAAUCUGAUUGAGAAAUCUGAUUAAGAAAUCUGAUAUAAAAAGAGCUGUAUUUGAGCUUUGUAAUCAGAUUUCUCAAUGCAUAUAUAUACUCUUAACCGGAGUAUUCUGCAAUUUCUCAGUCUGUGCAUGAGUGGAUAACAUAUGGAUAUCAGAUCCAAAUAAAUCUGAUAUCAGAGAAGUAAAGAUAAAAUCUGAUAAAGAGAGCUUUACUCUACUGUUUAGCUCAGUAAUCCGAUUUCUGUGCAUUUCUUUGAUUUAACAGACCAGAGUAAGGGCUUAAAAUCUGAUUAAGAAAUCCGAUCUGGAUAGAGACAGCUGUAUUUUAGUUCUGUGAUCAGAUUUCUGAUUUCUGAGUCAGAGCAUGUAUACUUUUAAAUUAAACUUAAAUUCUCAGUCUGUGCAUUAGUGAAAACAGACAGUGAACAUGGAAGAGAUUCAAUUUCCCAGCAUAUCAGAUAUCAAUAUCAGAUUCAGAAGAUCGGAUAUUAGAGAGGUAAAUGACCAGUCUAGCCUGAAAUAUCACAAAAUCGAUAGUAGCAGAAAUCUGAUAAAGCUGUAGUUUAGCUCUUGUAAUCAGAUUUAUUAGAUUAGAAUAAGAUAUAUAAAUCUGAUUAGGAAAUCUGAUAAAGAGGGCUGUAUUUUAGCUCAGUAAUCAGAUUUCUGUGCAUUUCUUUGAUUUAUCAGAUCAAAGUAAGGUCUUUAAAUCUGAUUAUGAAAUCCGAUCUGCACAGAGAUAAUCAGUAAUCAGAUUUCUCAGAUCAGAGUAAGAUACAUAAAUUUGAUUCAAAAUUUUGAUCAACAGAGCUAGAUUUAAUCUUAGAAAUUAGAUUUCUCAGAUAAGAGUAAGAUAUAUGAACCUGAUUAGGAAAUCUCAUAAAAAUAGCUGUGUUUUAGGACAGUAAUCAGAUUUUUCAGGUCAAAGUAAGACAUAUAAAUCUGAUUAAGAAAUCUGAUGACGAAAGCUAUAUUUGAUAUCUGUAAUCCAAUUUCUCAGAUCGGCGUAAGGUACUUAAAUCUCAUUUUAAAAAUCUGAUGAGAGCUAGAUUUGAUCUCAGUAAUCCGAUUUCUCAAAUUGGCGUAAGAUAUAUAAAUCUGAUUUAAAAUUCUGAUGAAGACAGCUGUAUUAUAGCUCUGUAAUUAGAUAACUUAAAUUACCUUAAGAUAUAUAAACCUGAUUAGGAAAUAUGAUGAUGAGAGCUGUAUUUUAGCUCAGUAAUCAGAUUUAGCAGAUCAGAGUAAGAUACAUAAAUCUGAUUAGAAAUCUGAUAAAGAAAUCUGGGUUUGAUCUCAAUAAUCAAGGAUUUCUCAGGUGCAUGUAAACUCUUAACUCUCAGAAGUUCUGUUUUUACGUAAAGUUUUAUUUCAUGCCCUAUUCCUUGAGUUUAUUGGCUGGUUACAAAACAAAAAUCUGAUUAUUGUCUGACUAUUGAGUUUCCCUGUUAUCUGAUUACCCAAGUAAAACUAAUGAAAACCAAUGUGUUUAAUCUGAUUACAGAUUACAAACUCUUACUAAUGUUCUGCUGUAAUCAGAUUAUGAAGUUAUUAUGUAAACCCACUCAGUGAUCAGAUUUAAUCAGAUUCUGCACUGUGUUUAAUAUAUGUAUGCAUCAAGGUUCUGUUCUGCACAGUACAUUUUACACAGUGUAGAACACUAUAAAUGUUCUGGAGAAAUGACGACUGAUUUUUUUUUUAUGUGUUAAAAGUUAAUUUAACAAAUUUAAUUCAUUAUAACUGACUAUAAAAAUAAAAAUAGUAAUAAUUGUGCCCUUCUAUUUUUAUGUUUAAAUCGGGGCAGAAUAAAGCAUGUUUUCUUGAAAUAUGUUCUAAUUUUGUUAUUGCUUAUCAGGUAUGAAAGAUUGUAAAAUUACAUUUUUGAAGAAACGUAAUAAUAAUUAUUGUAAUAAUAUUAAAAGUUAUAACUAUUUUGAAAAUAUUUUGUGACAAGUUUUAUUUUACAAAAUGUAAUAGAACAGAUUUUACAAAAAAUUCUCACGCUCUUAAAAACUUGUAUCUUUAUUUUUGUCACUUUUUGAUGUCUGAAUCUGGAAUUUGAAAAUGUUCUUUGCAUUGUGUCAAAGAUGUAUGAUGAACAAACCAAUAGAAAUGCUCUAAAAUAACUUUUAGAGCAUUGAAUUUCAUUAAAAAUUAAAAGUUAAAAAGGGUUUUUUCCUUCUGUUAUAAAGUUGCCUUUUUGGAGAUACAAGUUUUUUGCGUGACAGUAAAGGAGAAAUGUUAAUAUUUUUGGUUUGCUUAAUUUUUGUCAAUUUUUAUUUCUGUUUUUUAAAUUUAAAAGUGCUUAAAAGACUUAAAAGGUUCUGAUCUUUGUGUUUGUACAGUCUGGUUGGAUUUUUUUUUUUUUUCAGUUUUUGAGAAUAAAUUCUCAUAAUACUUGAA